GGCUGUCCAGACCUUUCACAGCCACUGACACGCCGCCAGCACAAUGAUGAUGUCACUGACUCUACUGCUGGCCACCCUGGGGCUCCUUGUUCAGGGUUCAUCAGGACAAAUCACUGUGACUCAGUCUCCUGGAUCUCAGUCUGUUGUUCCAGGACAGACUGUCUCCAUCACAUGUAAAACCAGUUCAGAUGCUUAUAGCUACCUCCACUGGUACCUUCAGAAACCUGGAGAAGCUACUAAACUCCUGAUUUAUGAUGCUACAAACCUUCAGCCUGGAGUUUCAGAUCGUUUUAGUGGAAGUGGAUACGGCACUGACUUCACUCUGACCAUCAGUGGAGUUCAGGCUGAAGAUUCAGGAGUUUAUUACUGUCAGAGUUAUCACUUUAUCAACAGUCAGCUUAUGACUUUGAUCUCCGUCCUCAUCUGGACUCUCCUCUGCUGCUGCUUCACAGAGUCCAGAGGCCAGGUCACAGUGACUCAGCCUGCAGCAGUGAGAUCUGCUCUGGGAGGAUCCACAACCAUCAACUGUAGGACCAGUCAGGAUGUUUAUAAUGGGGACUUCUUAGCCUGGUACCAACAGAGAGAUGAAGAGACUCCUAAACUUCUCAUUUACAGGGCUACCAGUCGAGCAUCAGGGAUUCCAGAUCGUUUUUCAGGCAGUGGAUCAAACUCCGACUUCACUCUGACCAUCAGUGGAGUUCAGGCUGAAGAUGCAGGAGUUUAUUACUGUCAGAGUUAUCACUAUAUCAACAGUCAGGAUGUGUUAACACAGUGAAAAAGCGUCGUACAAAAACCUCCCUCAGUCAG